CUCAUAAAAGUCGAGAGAGAUUCUUGCACUUGUUAGGGUUGAGACCCAUCCGAUAUUCGAACGCAGACGUACAGAAUAAGGCAAAUACAAACACAGAUCUGUUUCAUAACCGCGGAGCACACCAGGUCCACCAUCAACCGGAAACCAAUCAACACUGUCCCUUUUGUUUCAGUCUAUGCCAGAAUCGGUAGGUAUGGACGACGUAGAUUCUGCCGGAUGUUGGGUCGCCUGGCUCGUGGGAUGUACUACCGGCGGGGAUACAGUCGACUACUAGGGGUCCUGGGAAGGGCGUGUCCUAACAUUGCCUCUUUCCUCAGUCAAGUCUCACCGACCAGACCACCACAAACUCCACGUCCAACAACAAGACCGACCACAACUACAAGAACCACAACGACAACCACCACCACCACGUCAACGACCACGACCACCACGACUACCACCACACCUGCACUAAAAUGUACGAUCAUAGACAAAACAUAUCGUCCUCAGUCUAAUAUUCCAGGAGGCACCACUGUUACAUAUUCAGAAAUAGAUUCUUGAACCUAAAACUGAAAGAAAAUAUUACUCUUCAGAAACAUACUCUAAUUUCAUAUAUAUGAUUUGCUUCCUGAAGCUUGCGGCACAGUCUUGGAUCCUGCCGUCUCGAACCAAAUACGAAACACACUGGUGUCCCUGCGCGUGGUAAAUGGGGCUUCGGCCAAUGUCGGGGAGUAUCAGUUCACAACCACCCUCCUCAUCAACGGACGGUUUGCCUGCGGCGCCACCAUCAUCGACUCUACUCACAUCAUGACCGCUGCCCACUGCACUGCGUAAGUCCUUAGCCUGAUUAAUGUCAUGAUGUCAUGUCAUGUCAUGUCAUGAAUGAAUGAAGAAUUGGUAUGGCACAGCUUUCUUUUGAACAUAUUUGAAGAUGUUUAUUAUUUUCUGCAACGGGCAAUACCUGUGUGAAAUGUUACAGUGAAUGGGUAUGGUUUUACGCCGCUUUUAGCAAUAAUCCCGCCAUAUCAAGGCGUGGGACACCUGAAAUUGGCUUAACACAUUGGACCCAUGUGGAGAAUCGAACCCCGGGUCUUCAGCGUUACGGGCGAACGUUGUAACCAUUGGACUACUCCAACGCCGCAAAUCUAACGCGACGUGAAAAUGCUUAUAGUUCAAUCAUCCCCCUUGAAGACGUUAUCACAAAUCAAAACACAUUUAUUAAAUCUAUUAUAAGAUAAGAAAAGCAUAAAUUAGUUUUAAAACAAUUUUAAUGCAAAAUGUUAAAAUUCCUGAUUCUCUGAAGUUCCUGAAUGCUAUUCCUGAUUCUCUGUCACGGUGCAGUGAUCAAACUGCGUCGUCACUCUCUGUGGGCGUGGCUGAAUUCGACUUGACCCAAGCUGAUGGAGAGCAGGUCAUCCAGGUGUCCACCAUCACUGACCACCCGAACUACGAUUCAGUUAACACGAUCAAUGACAUCUCGAUACUAACCCUGGAAAGGCCUAUUGACGGUAUAGACAAUGCCGAGCCUGUGUGUCUUCCUACUGGCUCUCAAUGCACCAACCUCGUCAACCGGCAGUGCACCGUCACCGGUUGGGGAGCGACAGCUACGACUAAUGGUCGCCCAGUGGCGUUCCCGGACACGCUGCAGGAGGCGGUAGUCGCCACCUACGAUGCCGCGAGAUGCCCGACAAACUCCCCCGCUUCCUCCAACGUCAACACUCAGAUCUGUGCUGUCGGCAACACCGACACCUGCAACGGGGACUCCGGCGGGCCGCUGGUGUGCCAGUAUGACGGGACGUGGGUUCAGUGUGGCAUCACCUCCUAUGGACCUGCCAACUGUAACCUGGCCGAGACUAACGGCAUCUACACCGACGUCUCCGCCUACACUGAUUGGAUCAACUCCGUUAUCAGCAGCUAGAUGUACGUGUAACAUACACGAAAUAAAACAGCU